AUUACAAUACAAUACCCAGUGAUAAAAGGUGAAUAUAAAUAAACAGUUACUAUCACUGCCUUCCGUCCUACAGUGGAUUUUAUCAGUAGCAGCAAAAUGGCGAGUGAGAGCAGUUCCGCAGUAUUAGACCUCAAUGAUGACCCAACUGAAGACACGGACGCACCAAGCGUCACUGAAGGCACACAGGAUGGAUCCCCGCUCAUCAUGGAGCAUGGAUAUGAUAUAGCUGUUAAGGUGGACGCCCCAAUGAAGCAGCUCUCAACACUGGAGACGUUCGUGACAUACCGCGUGCGCUGCGUGUGCGCACGCUGGCCGACGCCUCCGCACGUGCGCCGGCGGUACAACCACUUCAAGGUGCUCCACCGUCGCCUGACGAACGCCCACGCAUGGCUGGCGCCGCCGCCGCUGCCGCCGCUGCAUUCAGCGCGCCAGCAGCUCGACCGCUAUGAGCCAUCGUUCGUGUUGCUCCGCGCUAUGGCGCUUGACGCUUUCCUUAAUCGCGUCGCAAAGCAUCCUAUUCUAACCCAUAGUGACGAUUUCCGUCUCUUUCUCACCACACCGGACGAAGACUUGGACAAGGUAUUCAAAAGUGAAAGCAGCGCCCUCAACUUGUGGGGUUUAAGCUCGUUGUACAGCGGCGGCGAGGCCAAACCGGCUAAUGGGGCCAGGGUGAAGGAUCCGGAAUUCAGCGCAGCCGGAGACUAUCUGCAGUCGCUACAACAGAAAUUAACGUCGCUCUGCGCUCUCACCACCAAACUGUAUAAGGGCUCCACUUCGCUUGGCACAGAACUCAUCGGGUUAAAGCGUGUUUGCGACGCGUGGUCGGUCCGCGAGCGCGGGCCGGUGUCGGCGGCCGCGGCGGCGGCGGGCUCGGGCGGCGGCGCGGCGGGCGCGGCGCGCGGGCGGGGCGGGCUGCGCCACCGCGCCGCGCUGCCGCUGCUGGCCGCCUACGCCGCCGCGCACAACGACAAGAUACGGCAGAGGGACGCUUUGCACGCAACAUUUGUGGCGGGCAACAAUUCGGAUGAACUUCAUAACAGACUAGAACAAGCCUCCGAAGCCAUCCGCUCUGAGCUCUCCGACUGGAUACCAAAAACCCACUCUGAGAUCAAAGCCCUCCUCCUUGAACUAGCUGACCGACAGGUAACCCUCCACUCCCAAACCCUCCAGGGCUGGGAGAACGCCCUCAAACUCUCCACUGAGACCAAUCUCGAUCAACUCUUCAAGACGGUCUCCAAGACCGCUGUACAGAACCUCAGCCCGUCCAAAUGCAGAUCAGUCACUCCAACAGAAACCGAGAAAGAUUUUGAUGAUAUUGACAUAGAAAAUAUAUCGAAUGACUCUGAUGAUAAGGAGCAAAUAGGCGCUGUGUCAACGGAGCAAAGCUCAAAAUCCGAUGACCGGAGUGAUCCGCUUCAGGAGUUUUCAGAAGUGAAUUUGUCUUCGUGAUAUGAUUCUUUGUUCUUGAACGUUGUGAAAGACAUGCAUUGAUUAGGGUUUAUUAAAUCAGGUAAAUUACUGGAAUC